ACUUACGACCGUUUACGUCCAUGAUCAGACCCGAAUGCGCAAACUGCGUGAGUCCGAGUUUCACGUCCGAGAAGAGACAGCGCUAAUCAGCUCGCCAUUAGGCUCCCGGAGAUGGGCAGACGCGCUCAGUCAACAGCGGCGUUGUGCUGGGCGUUUUGGGCGGGAUGGCGCUGAUCGCUCUGCUCGUGGUCGUUGUCGUUCCCGUUGCGCGGCGCCAAGGGCGGAGGCGCAGGCGUAUGGGCGGCCGGGAGGACGUGGAGAGUGGAAUACUUCCUUCUCGGCGAUCAUCUUCCCGUCAUCAAAAGAUGCAGCAGCUCGAGAUCCCAGCCGGUCCGGACGUGCUCCUGCCCCUCAUCGAUCCAGUGUCGACCAUAAGCUGGUCAGAUCUCCGCUCGAAGAACACAAGCGUUGAUUCACUUCAAGAGGCCGGCCUAUACUCCUUCCGCACCGACGCCGCCACCACCUCGCACCCCGGCCUCGACGACCCGGACAUGGACCGCGGCGACACGGGACGGCAACAGGAGGUCGACGACGCCCAAAUGUCAGCGGGGGCGUUGAAACUCAGUCCGACGCCCCCGGGGCUCCCGUCCAAGAUUGGCGCCAGCACAGCUCCUGGAGGAGGGUCGUACUCAUCUAUGCCCGCAACCAGCUCGGACGCUGCCCUCCAUGUUGGCAUGUACCCCCUCAGCCCCGUCUCGCCCGUCUUCACCAUGUCCAGGGGUGCGAGCCGUUCCCGGCCGGGCACCGCGCGCACAGGCAUGGAGCCCCUCAUCGAGGAUGGCACCCCCAGCGCCGGUCCGCCCCCAUUGCGGCAACUACCAUCGCCGCCGUCCUCGCCUGAUCAAUACGAACCAAACUUCCGCGGCAGCACAACCAGACGACGCCCGAGCGUCACCGCCAGUCAUACCGCGCCCUCUGCCAUCACCUAUCGCCCCCGCUCGUCGACGACGACGGCCGUCCCGCUCACCGCCGCCUUCCAGACCAGCCUCCUCUCGGGCACGCAGUCCGCGCAUGCGUCCGCGAGCACGCACCGAUACCCCUCCUUGGCCGUCCCUGCGUCCCGCUCGCGUGCGAGCUCCGUCUCUCUCGCCCCGAUACCCGACCUCUCGCCCACGGAGCGACCGGCCGACGCUGCCCGCCGCAUGAGCAUGACCACGACCGAGCUGCGCCACCGCCACCCCUCGUCCGCCACAGCCACCCAGGGCAGUACUCACCCCACGUCGCACGGGACCGCGACGCGAUCCGGCACGCCCAGCCACGGCGCGACGCACGCGAGCGUGCAGCCACGCAUCCCAGAGUACGGCGAGGCGGGCCCGUCGACGUGGCAGCGCCGGAGGAGCAUGCAGCUCGAGCGCAGCCCGCCGCCGUUCACGGGCUCGCCGUCCCCGCUCUCGCCCCCGCCCUCCGCGCGCCCCAUCCGGCCGCUCCCCGUCCCCGGCGCGCCCGCCGGCGCACGGCCACACUCGCAGUCGCAGUCACACACCCAGCACGAGGCCCAGUCGCACCAGCACCUCCCCCCGAUCGUCAGGAAGCGCGACAGCCCCGCGCUCCGGCCGCUCCCCGCGUCGCCGUUCGUGCACGCGGGCGCGGUCAGCCGGCAGUCGAGCCUCAGCGCGUCGACGCGCACACGGUCGAGCAGCGUGAUGAGCGAGCGGUCCAUGCCUCGCCAGCUUCCCCCACUCGCCCCGCUGCCCCCGCUCGAGUUUGGUGCGGAGUUUGUGCCGGACGGGGAUGCGAGGAGCGUGCGAUCGCGGGGGAAGUGAUGCAUCGUGGGGGCGACGAGAAGGGCUUGGCGGGCCCGACGGGGAUGGGGGAAGGAAGGAAGGAGGAAGAUCACUCUCACGCUGUGCGAUUGCUGCUGCUUACUUUGACUUGCUAUGAUUGAGAUGGGACCUCGUGGAC